GCGCACAGGCGGGGAGCGCGGCGGAGCGGCGGUCACGUGAUCCGACGCCAAGAUGGCCGCCGCCGCCUUCUUGUUUUGAUGAAUAAUCUCCGCGCGGGGAGGCGGCAGCGGCUGAGGGGAAAGUGGGGCUCCGGCGGUCACGCGUGGGCGGGAGUUGGGAGGCGCGGGGGCUUCAGCCGCACCUCCUCCCUCGAGGGAAGCAGCGGAGCCCUCCUCCCCCAAACGCCUUCCACCAUUAAGAGGAAAACUAUGGAGGAGUUGAGUGCUGAUGAGAUCCGUCGGAGGCGCCUUGCCCGGCUCGCCGGCGGACCCUCUUCCCAGCCCACCACCCCACUUACAUCUCCACAGAGGGAGAACCCUCCAGGGCAGCCAGUCCCGGCGCCGCCUCCAGGGGCGCCCCACAACCUUGGACUCAACGUUCACAGCAUGACCCCUGCUACCUCUCCAAUCGGUGCAUCAGGUGUUGCCCAUCGUAGCCAGAGCAGCGAAGGUGUGAGUUCUCUCAGCAGCUCGCCGUCCAACAGCCUCGAAACCCAGUCCCAGUCCUUGUCCCGGUCCCAGAGCAUGGACAUCGACAGCGUCUCCUGCGAGAAAAGCUUGUCCCAGGUCGAUGUGGAUUCGGGGAUCGAAAACAUGGAAGUGGAUGAGAGCGAUCGGCGGGAGAAACGGAGCCUCUCCGAUAAGGAGCUCCCCUCCGGAUUGGAAAUCUCGGAGGAACAAGCCUUGCAGCUGGUUUGUAAGAUUUUCCGAGUCUCUUGGAAAGACCGAGAUCGAGACGUCAUCUUCCUCACUUCCCUUUCUGAGCAGUUCAAGCAGAACCCAAAAGACGUGUUCUCGGACUUCAAAGACUUGAUUGGGCAAGUGCUGAUGGAGGUCCUAAUGAUGUCCACCCACUCGAGAGAAGAAAACCCCUUUGCCAGCUUGACCGCCACGUCACAGCCGAUUGCGGCUGCCGCCCGCUCGCCCGACAGGAACCUAGUCCUGAACACUGGCUCCAACCCGGGAACCAGCCCUGUGUUUUGCAACGUGGGCUCAUUCGGCUCCAGCUCCUUAUCCAGCCUCUACGGAAGCAGCCCCAUUCCCAUUUUCAAUAUCGCAAGCCACCCCCCUUUGGCUGGCUCCUUUCUCCCUUCCUCCCCCGUGGCUCCCCUCCCCAUGUCUUCCCUGUCUGUCAGCCCCCAUCACCUGCCAGCCGGGCCGCCCAGUGCCCAGCCCUCAUCCCCACGGUACCGUCCGUACACAGUGGCACACCCCUGGACCUUGGCGGCUCCUGCCACGCCCACAGCAGGCACCGCCAGUCUUUCAGCCGCGUCGACUCCUCCGGGCCUAAACCCCAGUCCUCCAGCUGCACGGGUCACUUCGUCUAGGGUUAGACCCGUAGCCAGCACCCUGCCCCUCCUCUGCCCUUUGAGCAGCAGCAGUACGUCUUCCCCAAGCCGGAUGCCCUCUAGUCUGUACGACAGCCCUUUCUCCCUCCUCCUCGCGAUUUCUGAUGUCUCUGGCGACAGUUCUGAGGAAGAAGAGGAAGAGGAGGAGGAGGAGGAGGAGUUGACUUGGGUUCCAUUUGGGUCCAGUGGCGGAGGCUCCGGGGGGGGCAGCAUUUCCGACUCGUGCAGCGACCAUUUUGCCAUUGAGACGUGCAAGGAAACGGAGAUGCUAAACUACCUCAUUGAGUGCUUCGACCGAGUGGGGAUCGAGGAAAGGAAAGCGCCAAAGAUGUGCAGCCAGCCGGUGGUGAGCCAGCUUCUCAGCAACAUCCGAUCCCAGUGCAUUUCCCACGCGGCUUUGGUGCUCCAAGGAUCCCUAACGCAGCUGAGGUCAUCCCAGCAGCAGUCGUUGUUAGUCCCAUAUAUGCUCUGUAGGAAUCUCCCCUUUGGUUUCAUCCAGGAAUUGGUGAGGACGACUCACCAAGAUGAAGAGGUCUUCAAACAGAUCUUUAUACCUAUUUUACAAGGGCUGGCUCUUGCGUCAAAAGAAUGCUCCUUCGAUAGCGACAACUUUAAAUACCCCCUUAUGGCUUUAGGGGAACUGUGCGAGAUCAAGUUUGGAAAAUCACACCCUGUCUGCAGUUUGGUGGUCUCUUUGCCUUUGUGGUUGCCAAAAUCUCUAAGCCCCGGGAUGGGCCGAGAGCUCCAGAGACUCUCUUACCUUGGGGUGUUCUUCAGCCUCUCCGUCUUUGCUGAGGAUGAUCCUAGAGUGGUCGAAAAAUAUUUCUCUGGGCCUACCAUUACUUUGGAAAACACGCGGGUCGUUAGCCAGUCACUGCAACAUUACCUGGAAUCUGCCAGGCAAGAGUUGUUCAAGAUCCUGCACAGUAUUCUGCUCAACGGAGAAACGCGGGAAGCUGCCCUCAGCUACAUGGCAGCCGUGGUCAACGCCAACGUGAAAAAGGCACAAAUGCAGGCGGACGAUCGGCUGGUGUCCACCGAUGGCUUCAUGCUGAACUUCCUCUGGGUGCUGCAGCAGCUGAGCACAAAAAUCAAGCUGGAGACGGUCGACCCGUCCUACAUCUUCCACCCUCGGUGUCGAAUCAUGGUGCCUGCGGACGAAACCCGGGUGAAAGCCACCUUGGAGGAUGUCAGCAGCUGGAUGGCGGAGCUGUCCAGGGAUCAGUCUCUCUUCUCCGAGCCAAAAUUCCCCACGGAAUGUUUCUUCCUGACCCUCCACGCCCACCACCUCUCCAUCUUACCGAGCUGUCGUCGGUACAUCCGUCGACUCAGAGCCAUCCGGGAGCUGAACAGGACCGUGGAGGACUUGAAGAACAACGAAAGUCAGUGGAAGGACUCUCCCCUCGCUACCCGGCAUCGGGAGAUGUUGAAGCGAUGCAAAACCCAACUCAAGAAAUUGGUGCGGUGCAAAGCUUCUGCAGAUGCCGGUCUGUUAGAUGAGAAUUUUCUCCGGAGGUGCCUCAACUUUUACAGCGUGGUGAUCCAGCUCUUACUUCGGAUUCUUGAUCCCGCCUACCCUAACAUCAAACUGCCUUUAAACCCAGACGUCCCAAAAGUCUUUGCAGCGAUGCCUGAGUUUUACGUGGAAGAUAUUGCGGAAUUUUUGUUUUUUACUGUACAAUACUCGCCUCAGGUACUCUACGAGCCUUGCACUCAGGAGCUGGUGACCUUCCUCGUGGUGAUGCUCUGCAACCAGGACUACAUCCGGAACCCUUACCUGGUGGCCAAGCUGGUGGAGGUGAUGUUCAUGACCAACCCAGCCGUUCAGCCCCGGACCCAGAAGUUCUUCGAAAUGAUCGAAAACCAUCCGCUCUCCGUCAAGUUGCUGGUUCCUUCCCUGAUGAAGUUUUACACGGACGUGGAGCACACCGGGGCCACCAGCGAAUUCUACGACAAAUUUACGAUCCGCUAUCACAUCAGCACCAUCUUCAAAAGCUUGUGGCAGAACAUAGCUCACCAUGGAACCUUCAUGGAAGAGUUCAACGCUGGCAAGCAGUUUGUUCGCUAUAUCAACAUGCUGAUCAACGACACGACGUUCUUGCUGGAUGAGAGCCUGGAGUCCCUCAAACGCAUCCACGAAGUGCAGGAGGAGAUGAAAAACAAGGAGCAGUGGGAUCUUCUCCCCAGGGAUCAGCAACAGGCCCGGCAGUCCCAGCUGGCCCAGGACGAGAGGGUCUCGCGCUCCUACCUGGCCCUGGCCACAGAAACGGUGGACAUGUUUCACAUCCUCACCAAGCAAGUCCAGAAGCCUUUCCUCCGACCCGAGCUCGGGCCACGGCUGGCUGCGAUGCUGAACUUCAACCUUCAGCAAUUGUGUGGCCCGAAGUGCCGCGAUCUGAAAGUGGAAAAUCCCGAGAAGUACGGCUUUGAACCAAAGAAGCUUCUGGACCAGCUGACCGACAUCUACUUGCAGCUGGAUUGUGCCCGUUUCGCAAAAGCGAUUGCGGAUGAUCAGAGGUCUUACAGCAAGGAGCUUUUUGAGGAGGUGAUUUCAAAAAUGAGGAAAGCUGGCAUCAAGUCGACCAUCGCAAUAGAAAAAUUCAAGCUGCUUGCGGAGAAAGUGAACGAAAUCGUGGCCAAGAACGCCCGUGCCGAAAUUGACUACAGCGACGCUCCGGAUGAGUUCCGAGAUCCGCUCAUGGAUACCUUAAUGUCUGACCCUGUCCGGUUGCCAUCGGGAACCAUCAUGGACCGCUCGGUCAUCCUCCGGCACCUUCUCAACUCCUCCACGGAUCCCUUCAAUCGCCAGACACUAACGGAAAACAUGCUGGAACCAGUGCCUGAGCUGAAAGAGCAAAUCCAAGCUUGGAUGAGGGACAAGCAGCAUCCAGAUCACUGAAGUCACCCCGCCGGCAGCACACGCUGAGGCCAACUGCGGAGAGCAGGACAAACGGAUCGAGGCGAAGGGGAAUGCCAAAACCGUGGGGAGCUGACGCCUCGUCCGGGGCUCACGCAGUGCCUGCUGCUACCACCUAGGACGUUGGGACCUCGUGGGCGAGGCGAAGGGGGAGAGGCGCCAGCGCAAACGCAGCUUAACCCUUGUACAUAACUUUUAAGCGAUGCAUCGGCAGUCAGUAGCAUUGUGGGUGGGAUCCAGCAGGUUCCUGUUUGUGUUCUGAAACGAGACUCCUCCAUUUCAUGGCUGGGGUGCGUAACGGCCGAAUUCGGUUUAGUCCCAACGACAUGGAUCGGGGUCGGCACAGCCCUCGGUGUACGCGUGCGUGCGUUUUGGUUUUUUUGUUUUUGUUUUUUGUUUUAAAAAAAACAACACAAUAUAUUGCCAGAUCUCCGUUAAUUUGAUAGUGGUUGGAACUUUGAACGUUUUGCUGCUAACCUCCCGGACUUUUUCAUUUCUUUCCACCUCUCCCGCCCGCACGGUCCUGCCCCUCGGUUUUUAGUUUUCGUUUCCUUUUGUUUUUUUUCCUUAACACGAAGAAAAACCUUCCCUAUAAUAUAGAAAAGAUAGCUUCUCUGACACCUGCCCACCCCCAAGAGGACAGAAUCUUGGAAAAAAAAAAAAAAAGCAAAAUGUGCCUGCGAGGAGUAUUAAAAGGGGAGGGAUCGUAUUUUUCUAUUAUAAAUCUUUUUUGUUUUUUAAAUUUGGUAAGCCACCCCCCCCCCCCCGGCAAGAAGAGUUAAUUCACAAUCCAGUAGCAAAUUUCAUUCUGCCGCAUUGAAAUUUUACGUUGUUUGACGUGUCCCUUUUAUGUUUCGAGGAGAUACUUCAUAUCCUAUGUUGUUAUUUUUAUUUUGGGGUUGGUUUUUCUCCAGAACCUUGUAUUAUAGAUGGAAACAGCUACAGCAAAGGAAUUGGAGUGGAAUACGAGGGUUUCCUUGACUUAAAAGAUAUAUAGAGAGAGUUAUAUAUAUACAUACAUAUAUAUAUAUAUAUAUAUAGGAAAAAAAAUCUUUUAAAGCCAGAGAUCUUACAAGCUAAAUGGUCAUGACUCUCUGUCUUUUAAAAGUGUGUCUCUGGGGGGGGGGGUGAGGGUUGGGUGUGUGUGGACAGCAGAUUGUUUUAUUCUCGGCGCGUCCGAGUCGAAGCUGGCGGAUCCAUUUUUAUGUUGCGUACCAGUUUUAUAUCCAUGGCUUGGCCUUACCAAAGCAAAAAGGGUGCAGAAAAAAAAAUGUAGACUUUGCUUUUUUUAAAAAAAGAAACUAUAUAAAAAAGAUGAAACAUUUUUGUAUGACUGCCCUCUGCUUCAAAGAUACUUGAAUGUCCUUUUUGAAAAGGAUUUGAAACCACAGUGUUUUAAAAAAAAAAAAAGACGACAAAACUAAACAAAUUAAGCCUGAAAAGAAAAUGUUUUUUCUUUUCUGCUGAGUUUCCUCUGUUCAGUUCCUAAUUCUUGAAGAACAAUAAAUGGUGAUACACAUUCACAAGAAUCUUU